AUGUCGGACAUGGAGGAGUUCUUGAAUAGCUUGGUCACCCGGAAACCAGCUGACGCGAUAAACGACUUUGAAGCAGCGUUAAGAGAGCCUGCGGAGCGCACAAAUGCAAGCGACUCCUUUGGCGACAAUGCAUUUGACAACAGUGACAACAACAGUGACAGUGACGACCCAACCAAUAUAGCGAUGUUCCUCGACGAGGCUGACGAGCAUGAGCUGCAGGGUGUCACACCAGGCACGCCAAUGGCAUUAGAGAAGCUCGGAGAGCUGACAGCAAAGUCGAUUUCACGGCAAAAGAGGCGCCAGACGCCAGCCAGGUCUAACGGGACUGGGUCUUUGCUAAGGCGCAGCAGCCAAUACAGUGACGCCGGGUCUCCAUCGAAACGGGGAAAGGAGAGCAACCUGGCGUCGCUCAUGGACAACAUUGCAUCGAUAACUACUCCAACUGCAAUUUCACGGAGUCGGGGCGCGCAGGCGGAGAAUGACGAGGAGCCUACACAAUCGGUGCUAAGGAUUCGCUCGUCACACCGUGCUACUGGGAUCCUAGACAGAAUUAAGGGCAGCUCAGAGGCUUUGGCAGCAGCAACUACAGUCAACCCUCACCAGACACCGCGAGCACCAAUUUUUAUUACUGGCACGCCGAUUCGAGCACCCGGCAGCACUCAACUCAGUGACGAUGAGUCGCAGUUUCUCAGUGCAUCGCUAGACUCUAUUGGCCCGUCACGGCAGCAGCAGGAGACGCAAGACGACCAACUGAAAACUUAUCAGACCCCGGCUACAAGAUCGGGAGCACCACGAGGCACCAAUUCUUAUAGACAUGUGCGCGCGUUGUCAGACAGGUCGAGUGGAUUCAGCGCAUCGAAUGAAUCGAUAGAAGAUGACUAUGAGAAGCCAUUGCCAAUUUCUCAGUACAUGCGCACACCAAACACGCCGCGGCAGAGACAUAAUGAACGCAUGGGGGACCUGCGAAGGUUCUACGGAGGAAUGGGCCUAGAGCAUGCGCAACAGGCACCAUCUGCCGAAGAACUGGCCCAGACCAACACUUCAGGUCAUAAGGAUACAAGCUCCCUGAUACUAGGCGCCGAUGCCACUAGUCAGCAGCAGGGUGCUGCAGGUGGGCUGGAUUCAGGUAGCGUCUCUCCAUCGCCAGUCGGGCCAGGAAAGCGAGCCCACCAGGAUCAGAGCCUGUUGGGCUCGCCAACACAAUUAAGCACUGCCAACCAACAGACCAAUGUGCUCGAUAGUGACAUGGCACAGCUAGCAGACAACUCGACAGCUCCGAACAUACAGCAAGAAAAGGCAGGUCGUGGACUGAGCCCAGCACACUUCUCCUUCGGCCAGCAGAUAGAUUUGGACGACCAGAUUACGGCUGACGACGACAAUAGAAGCAAGCACACUGAGCCAACCAGCACCAUUCACUCAAGUCUCAGGGAACCACAGCACCAAACAGGUCUAGAUGAGCUGGAUGCCAGCAUUGCGGUGAUCGAUAGAGCCGAGCAAGACCUGAACCGCAGUAUCGCCAAUCUAGCUGCUGCCAGAACCAAGCAAAUUGUCUUGGACCCCCAAGCUCAACUAUCUGCUGCAAAAGAGCUAGAAGAGCAUGUCCAAGUGCUGCGCAAGAUGAUGGAGGAAACCAAGACCGCAGUCUUUGCUAUCCAGCGCGAGCUAGAAAGUAUUAUGAAGCUGCUCAGCAGCCUUGAUCUACGCUUGGAUAUGCUGGAGACAUCGAAAGUGGCAAGGGACCCAGUGAUCCCGCUGCUGCCGGUGAGUGCUGGAUCGGCCAAAGUCAUCAGACGCGAUACGCCGCGAUGGCUGUUGGAUACAGCUAAGCGCAUUGCUACAAGGGCUGUUGACAGCAUCACGCAGAACCCGCUGCUGAUAGUAGGCAUACUGGUUGCCGUUCUUCUCGCCGAGCUGUUUGUGCUCAGUGGCGUCUACAACGUGCUAGUCUUGAAACAGCAUGUUGCCCUGCCACCACCGCUUUCGUAG